AUCGACGCGCUUGUCGAGGCGAGCGGAGGAAGUGUGUCGAGCUGGAGAAGGUCGAGGAUCCUGUAGUAGGUAAUCGUCCGAGAGUUCUUCUGUCAGAUUCAAAGUUACUUGUCGCCGCCGGACCGAAUUACUUUCUCGUUCCAGUAGCGACUGACGCGCGAUGUCGGAUACGACGGUGGUCGAUGAACGGGUAGCCGACGAGAUUGAAGCGUUGAGGGCGAUUUUACUCGACGACGAGUUACACAUAAAGGAAAACGAAAGAGGUGAACCGGAGUGCAUCGAGACCGUGUUGUUCCCUUCUACCGGUGAAGAUUCGCAGUCACAGUAUGUUUGUGUCACGUUGAUCGUUCGGUUACCCGUGGGAUAUCCCGAUACGUCGCCGACCAUUAGUCUGCGAAAUCCCAGAGGUCUGGACGAGGACACGGUGAGGCUCAUGCGAUCGGACGCCGAGGCAAAAUGCAAGGAUUUUAUAGGCCAGCCUGUUAUGUUCGAACUCAUCGAGUUGAUAAGGGAGCACCUUACCAGAAGUAAUCUUCCAACGGACCAGUGUGCCGUGUGCCUGUAUGGUUUUCGGGACGGGGACGAAUUUACGAAGACCGAGUGUUAUCAUUACUUCCAUUCUCACUGUUUAGCGGCACACAUUGCCGCCGCGGAACGAUAUUACCGGGAGGAACAAGAAAAGUUGCCUCAAUGGCAACAAGACGCUACUGACAAAUUCCAGGCUAUAUGCCCCGUCUGCCGAGAAUCUAUCAACUGCGACGUGGACAGCCUGUGGUCUGCUCCGCCUCCGGUCGACGUUGAAGCUGCUACGGAUUUCUCGGUGACCACGGAGCUGAGAGAAUUACAAAAACAAAUGGCAGCGUUGUUUUUGAGGCAACAACAGAAGGGUGGUAUAAUCGAUCUGGAGGCCGAAGGCGUGAAAACUUUAGUCAGAACGGAACUGGACGGUGCUACGACCGAAGGACCGAAUCCUCCGGGAACUAGUCUAAAUACCUAUUCCAGUCCAGCUGUGCAGCAGGAGUCGGCUGUUAAUCAUCAUCACACGCAGCACCAAAACAACCAACACCAUCACCACCACCACCACCACCACCAAAUGCCUCAAUCGAAACAAUCCUCGCAUCAGACGCAUGCUGCUCACUGUCAGUCGAGGCAACUGCAUUAUCACCACGGACACAACAAUAAUCACGGUCAUCGGAGCAGAGGUCGCGGACGAGGCUAUUCGUCUCGCCGCCAGUUCGACAGAGUCAGCAGGCAAACAGAGUCUACUCCCAGAUGACAAUGGGUUCGAGAUAAAUUACUGUCCACUGUUUGGUCUUCUAUUUUGCUAAAUGUAUACAGUAAUAUGAAUAAUAGCAUCGGUAGCAUAAUUACGAGUAUGUUACGUAAUGUUUGUUUCGUUUCGCAUUACUUUUACGCGAUUACGAAAUGAUAGGUACAAUCGUUCGACGACAUUCCCGUUCUAAUGAUACACGAUGUGUGUGUGUGUGUGUGUGUCUGUCUGUCUGUCUGUGUCUGUGUCUGUGUCUGUGCGCGCGCGCAUACAAAUAUACGUGGUAUAAAGUGGACUGUAACGAAAAUUCACGAAGGACUGUCUGUCUGUCUGUCUGUGCGUAGACUGAAGCCAUGGUGCUCUUUUAAAAUCAUCGAUCUACGAUCAUGAAAAGCUUUUUGUUUUCACACACACAUACAUGUACGUAAAUAUGUACUACGCGGAACUGUACCUAAGUAGUUGACGCUGUUUGGCGUGACGAAUAAUAACGAAACGAGUCGUCGCGUGCAGUGUGCGACGGCAAUGUAAACGUGCGUUUCGAUUUUCCAAACUCCGACUUUGGUGCUCUAGUUGUUCUUACCGUAAUUGCGAAUGAGCGAGAGAAACGGGGGGGGAGGGCUUUGGGCGAACGUGCGCAAUCAAAAUGUUACGCUGAGAAUAUUUUACACACGAGUGAUUGAGAAAAAUUGAACGGUCUCGACGCGCGCCGUAAAAGUCGAAUUUAUUGAACCAUCGUUUUAUAAUCGUCUCUGAGCGCAAAUUUCGCGAUUCGUAAUACUCGUUUCUGUGCGCGCGGAAUUUCAUUAUUGAUACGUCAGAUCGUGAUACGUAUAUAACGACAUGGAUCGAUGUUGUCUAAGCGUGUAAUACCGCGGAUAUUCAUCCCUUCGAAGCAGGGAGCGAAAAGUUCGUUCUUGCUCUUACACUUUAGAAGCAAUGUAAAAUCUUUAGAGAGAAAAAAUAUAUAUGUAUAUAUACACGUAUA